GGUGUCUUGUUUGGGAACCUGUGUCUGGGCUCCUCCGCUGCCCAGCCUGGGGCAGAACCUAACAGCCACCCAGUGUCUGUCUGUGCCCGCAGGGUCCAGCUCUCUGGGGCUGCCUCUGCCCUAACGGGAGCCAGGCAGAAGCUGCUGCAGGACAGUGGCUCAGUUAUAUGGGUGGAGGCACCCUGCACCGGGCAGCUUGCAGGACCUGCUUUGCGCGCAGGUGCCGGUGGGUGUGUGGCCUGCGGUGACCUUGUCCCCAGCAGGAGGAAUUAACUGAUCUUUCUCAGCAAACCCCGUGGCCCCGGCCAGACCUCCAUGUAGCUGCAGCUGCAGGUUGGACGGAGGAUCGGGGUCCCCUUGCUGAGCCGGGGGUGGACAUGCACCAUGAGUGACUUUGAAGAAUGGAUUUCUGGGGCGUACAGGAAGGUGGACGAAGGUCCCCUCCCGCUGCUGACGUUCACCACAGCCCCCUACCACGACCAGAAACCUGGAACCAGUGGGCUGCGGAAGAAAACCUAUCAUUUUGAGGAGAAGCCAUGCUACCUGGAGAACUUCAUCCAGAGCAUAUUCUUUUCCAUAGACCUGAAAGAUCGCCAGGGCUCCUCCCUGGUGGUCGGCGGAGACGGGCGGUAUUUUAAUAAAUCGGCCGUGGACACCAUCGUGCAGAUGGCAGCCGCCAACGGGAUUGGCCGCCUGGUCAUCGGGCAGAAUGGAAUCCUCUCCACCCCCGCCGUGUCCUGCAUCAUCAGAAAAAUCAAAGCCAUCGGCGGCAUCAUCCUGACGGCAAGCCACAACCCCGGAGGGCCCAACGGGGACUUCGGCAUCAAGUUCAACAUCUCCAAUGGAGGCCCUGCUCCCGAGGCGAUCACGGACAAGAUCUUCCAGAUCAGCAAGACCAUCGAGGAGUACGCGAUUUGCCCUGACCUGAAGGUCGACCUGAGCGUGCUGGGGAGGCAGCAGUUUGACCUGGAGAACAAGUUCAAGCCCUUCACAGUGGAGAUCGUGGACUCGGUGGAAGCCUAUGCCACGAUGCUGAGGAACAUCUUCGAUUUCAAUGCGCUUAAAGAGCUGCUCUCUGGCCCGAACCGGCUGAAGAUCCGCAUCGACGCCAUGCACGGAGUCGUGGGGCCCUAUGUGAAGAAGAUCCUCUGCGAGGAGCUGGGCGCCCCGGCCAACUCGGCGGUGAACUGUGUCCCCCUGGAGGACUUCGGCGGCCACCACCCCGACCCCAACCUCACCUAUGCCGCCGACCUGGUGGAGACCAUGAAGUCUGGAGAGCACGAUUUCGGGGCCGCCUUUGAUGGAGACGGGGACCGCAACAUGAUCCUGGGCAAGCACGGCUUCUUCGUGAACCCCUCGGACUCCGUGGCUGUCAUCGCCGCCAACAUCUUCAGCAUUCCGUACUUCCAGCAGACCGGCGUCCGCGGCUUCGCACGCAGCAUGCCCACCAGUGGCGCCCUGGACAGGGUGGCGAAUGCUACAAAGAUCUCUUUGUAUGAGACCCCGACGGGCUGGAAGUUCUUUGGAAACUUGAUGGACGCCAGCAAGCUGUCCCUGUGUGGAGAGGAGAGCUUCGGGACCGGUUCCGACCACAUCCGGGAGAAGGACGGGCUGUGGGCCGUCCUCGCCUGGCUGUCCAUCCUGGCUGCCCGCAAGCAGAGCGUGGAGGACAUCCUCAAGGAUCACUGGCAGAAGUACGGCCGCAACUUCUUCACCAGGUACGACUAUGAGGAGGUGGAGGCGGAGGCCGCGAACAAGAUGAUGAAGGACCUGGAGGCGCUGAUGCUGGACCGCUCCUUCGUGGGGAAGCAGUUCUCGGCCAAUGACAAAGUCUACACGGUGGAGAAAGCAGACAACUUUGAGUACAGUGACCCGGUGGACGGGAGCGUUUCCAAGAAUCAGGGCCUGCGGCUUCUCUUUGCAGACGGCUCCCGCGUCAUCUUCCGGCUGAGCGGCACCGGGAGUGCGGGGGCCACCGUGCGCCUGUACAUCGACAGCUAUGAGAAGGACGUCGCCAAGAUCAACCAGGACCCCCAGGUCAUGCUGGCCCCGCUGGUCGCCAUUGCGCUGAAGGUGUCCCAGCUGCAGGAGAGGACGGGCCGCACGGCGCCCACCGUCAUCACCUAGGCGCACGGCCCCAGCCACGCCGCCCCUGCGGGGCUCGGCCACAAACCCCGGGCUCCUUAGGGUCUGACUUCUGCGCGUCCAGCUGUGGGUGCCCAUCGGCCAGGCGCUGCCCUUCAGGCUGCCCGGGAAGCGACAGGCGUGCGUCAGCUCCGGUCUGGGUGGGCUCCGUCACACCGCAGCGUCAGGAGGCUGGGUGCCAGCCGGACGUGCCCACGAGUGACCCCACUGCCCUGUCCACCACUGACCCGAGAUGCAGAGGGUGCCGUGGUCUGGUGCCUCCCCCCUUGGAUUUCCUUGGCGCAAGAUGUACUUGUUUCUGAUUUCUGCCUUGUGGCAACAUGAUUCGCACAGGUGUUUGGGGUAAUAAACAGGAGCUGCUACAGUG